AUGGGGGUACAGUCUGCAGACGUGUGCAGUGCAUCCAAAAUGAUGCAGCAAGUGGUUGCUGCAGUUGGCACUCUGUUCUCUGUGGCUUAUUCGGGGUAUUUUUUAACCCACUUGGCACGGCACCUCACGCGUGGAUCCCGAGCAGCUCCUCCUUCGGGCACCAAAGCAGCAUCAGCUCCUCCUCUGGCUCCCUCUGCUUGCAAAGAGGAGGCCAAAGAGGAGGAAGAGAGCAGUGAACUUCCCGCUGUUCUGGGAGACGAGGGCGAACACCCCGCGGUUUGGGAAUACAACGGCGAGGCUCCCGCGGUGUGUGACAAGGACAGUGGACAUCUCCCGGUGUGGGACGAGGACGGUGGAUGUCCCCUGAAGUGGGAUGAGAAUGGCCAAGCUCCCAUGGCAAGUGACGAGGAUGACGGCAAUCUCCCAGUGUGGGAUGAGGACAGAGGACAUCCUGUGGCUUGGGAAGAGGAGGGUGAACAACUUCCAGAAUGGGAAGCAGACAGAGAACCUGCACAGUUUUGGGAAGAGGAUGAGGAGCCUGCACUGCUUUGGGAAGAGGAUGAGGAACCUUCCUCUGCUCCUGAAGAGGAAACUGAAGCUCCCUGUGCUGCAGGAUCCUGGGCUGAACAUUCUGACAGCAGCACAGCCCUGCAGCCAGAGGGGAGCGGGGAGUGGAGCCUGAUGCAGCUGAGGAACACUGUGAGCGUGGGGGAGCCUGCCGAGAAAUACCUGGAACUGGAGCAGAUUGGCCAAGGCAAGGAGCGGGACCUGGAAGAUCUUCUGUCCCUGGAAUUGGAUUGCCUAAAAGAGCAACUCACCAUGUGGUGA